AUGCAUGCAAGAGUCAUGUCGUCAGUAUGUGAGAAGAUCAUGGAGCUGCUGGGCCAGAACAAGAUCGACCAUCACCAGAGGCAGGUGGCCAUCCUCAGCCAGGACAGCUUCUACAAGGUGCUGACCCCAGAGCAGAAGGCAAAGGCACUGAAGGGCCAGUUCAACUUCGAUCACCCAGAUGCCUUUGACAGUGAGCUCAUAAUGCAAACACUCAGGAAGAUCCUGCAGGGGGAGACGGUCCAGAUCCCAUUGUAUGACUUUGUUCAUCAUUCCAGGAAAGAGGAGUUCAUCACGGUGUACCCAGCUGAUGUGGUGCUGUUCGAGGGCAUCCUCAUGUUCUACUCUCAGGAGAUCAGAGAUCUGUUCCAGAUGAAGCUGUUUGUCGACACGGAUCCAGACACACGGCUCUCUCGCAGAGUUCUCCGAGACAUCAGUGAGCGUGGCAGGGAGCUGGAGCAGGUGCUAGCUCAGUACAUCACUUUUGUGAAACCGGCCUUUGAGGAGUUCUGUUUACCAACAAAGAAGUAUGCAGAUGUCAUUAUUCCACGAGGAGCAGAUAACCUUGUCGCCAUCAACUUGAUAGUACAGCACAUCCAAGACAUUAUGAACGGCGGACCAAGCAAGCGCCACAACGGCUGCACGAACGGCCACGUUGCCCCCCGUCAGCGGAGGACCUCGGAGUCCAGCAGCCGGCCUCAUUGACCUCGUGGCACCUCUCUCACGGGGCGGAGAGGGGUGUGGGAGCUGCCUGUAAAUAAUGCCUGUCGGCAUCACUGUAUUUAAGAGAGGAAAAAAAAGAAAUGCAAAAAGAAAUGAAAUGCCUUUUAUUAUUAUUAUUAUUAUUAUUAUUAUUAUUAUUAUUAUUAUUAUUAUAAUAAUGACUACUCAUGUUAUUGGUUACCUUCAUUGUAAUUGUUGAUCAUUUUUUCAGGAGGUUUAAAACAAGUUGUGAUGGGUUUAAAUGACCUCAUGCAUUUUUCCUCCCAGGUUGCUUUUUGUUUUUUUAUGUAUCCCUGCUGCUCCAUGGAGUUUCAUGCCGCUAAUGAAUAAAAGAGGGGAACCCCUUUUUUUUUUUGUAAUGACUGAUAAAACUUGAAGCCGUAAUGCCAGCGGGAGUCUGAUAAAUGUUUGGGUGUGUUCCAAACGAUAAGGAUUUGAAGAAGAGUUGAAGAAAACCAGGAUUGCAAUGUGUAUUUGUACUGACAAUCUAUGGGUGUCUUUCAAACCCUUUUCUUCAGUGUUAAAGAUGUGUUAUUCAAGAGGUCUGUUUACUACAAAGUGUCCAUCACUGACUACACACUACAGGAUUUGUUUAGUACUGAUUCUCAUGUGUGGAUUAAUGUGACCACCAGACCAAUGAAGCCUAAGGCUGGAAGGAUCAGCUGACUACUGUAUCAACCCAGUCUAGUGUUGCGGGUAUUGUUACACUCUUAAUUAAAAUAUUGAUAUAUAUCCCAAUAAAAAGAAAGCAAACAAACACUUAUUUUGAGAGUGAGAUUAAAUUAAUUAUUACAAAAAUGUAGAUAUGUGAAUUCCUCUAUGAAGUCCCUAUUUUUUUGCUGGUUUUUCUAGCUAUCACAUGGCCAAAAAAAAGCCCGCAAGAUUAUGAUAUGAAAUAUAUACUCCGGUUAGGAAUACCAUCAUGAUAUUAAAAUGCCAGACAAAGGUGUUCGGUGCCACAGCUAUAUUAGUUUCCCCCAGUGUAUGGCCAUUAACCACCAAGACCUACCGCAUUGCCUCAGGUUAAUAUGUACAGGAAGUAUCCACAGUAGGGGCCAGUUUCCAUUCUUUAAGUUAAAGAUACAAUAAAUAAAUAAAAACUGUUGAAUCAAUUUUGUAUUCCAUGUGCUGUAUUUGUUGUGUAUGGUGUAAUUGAAUGACUGAUUUGUACCAUGAGAUUUGUACAGUAUGGCUGUUGCAUCGUCACGUUUUUUUUUUAUGAAUUGUGACAGAUUGCUUGGUGUUCAAUAAACUGAUGCAGCCGAA